UCUGAGGGCCUCCAAGAUGGCGGACGGCGGACCCGGCGGGGCUGCUCCCGUUCCCAUGGCGACGGCGGCCUACCGCUGCCCGCUCUGCCGCCGCAGCGCCUUCUCCGGCCGCCGCAGCCACCUCUACAGCGCCGGCCACCAGCGGCGGCUCCGGGGGGUGCUGGCCCGGCUGCGGGAGAAAGUGGAGGCCGCCCGGAAGACACUAAAACAUGCUGUGGUGGUGCCCUAUGACCCCGUGGAGCAUGAGAAGCAGUUCUGGUGCACCUGUUGCAAACAGGAGGUGAAGCAGCACCUUAGCCACGGGAUUCUGACAGCCUUGUGUGGUGGCAUUGUGGAGCACAUGGCCAGCCCUGAACAUAAAACAGCAGUCUAUACAUUCUGGUGGGAGAACAAGGCAGAUCCCAACCUGAAGUCACAGUUCCUGAUUUCUUCUGAGGAUUACGAGCUCUUCAAGGCAUCCCUCACCAAAGCGCUGGAUGCUUAUGAGGCAGGCAAUGAUGAAGUCAUUCAGCAGAUGGCAGCUCAUAUCCGAAAUGUGGAACAGAUCCGACAAGAAAUGGUGCAGGCCAUCUCAGAGCCACAGAUGGAGACAGAGCUGUGCAAGGGAGUUGCCGUUGCCAGGACCUGUCCAGGGACCCAAAGCGACUGCUCCUUUGCUAUGGAAGAACACGAGCAGCCUGUCCCAAGCAGGAGUGCCACCUGUAGCAGAGAACGGCUUGGAUCUUCACGUAGCACCACGACUGAACUAGACUGGCAGGAAGCGGAGCAGUCCUUAACGUUCAUUGGCCACCAGGAGACACAAGGGAAGGGCAACGUGCAUACAGGAGCCAAACCACCUUGGUUGCUGGAAGAUGGGAAAAGCACUGGGGAAAUUGGGCCUUCCUAUGAAGAAUUUCUCAAAGAAAAAGAGAAGCAGAAGUUGAAGAAACUCCCACCGGAUAGGGUUGGGGCCAACUUUGAUCACACCUCUCAGACAGGAGAAGGCUGGCUUCCCUCCUUUGGACGCGUCUGGAACCAUGGCAGGAGGUGGCAGUCCAGGCAUCAGUUCAAAGCUGAAGCAGGAUCAAAGAAGCCAAAAAUGAAGAGUCUGUGAAGAAGCAAGUGCCUCACUGGCGGUGAGAGUGGAGUCUGUAUUGCCCUCCUGCCCCCCCUCCCCCCAGAUUCAAAGCAGAGUGUUUGCAGAAUAGCACGGUGUUUCUAUUUGUAUUAAACUUCAGUGUAAAUCUUAUGUCCUCAUUGCAGUUCUUCAUGAAGCAAAGAGAAGCUACCAAGAGAAAAAGAACUAAUAAAAGCUUUAUUUGGGA